UUAACUCACAAAACUUAGCAAAUCCAAUUUCUUCAUUAGGAUCGUUUUUUUUAUAAAGUUCAUAAACUUCUUUCAAAUUAAACAUGAGCAAACGCUUCUGUAGUUCUUUUUCUCUUAUUGGUAACAGGGUCUUUUACAGAUUUAACAUCUUUCUUUCCAGGAAGAAUUCGCGAAAUAUCAUCAUUAUAAUAAAAUUGGAUCACUUUUUGUUUUGUAGUAUCUGACAAAGUUAAUGAGUGUCUGUGGGAUUUAGGCCUUUCUAUACAAAUUCCUAUAUCUGAUGCCAGCUUUUGGAUAACUUCACUUUUCCUUCUGGGGCUGUUAGGUAAAGAAUUUCGCGAUUUCUUCAUUGCUUUUCCCAAUGCUUGCCUAGUAGAAAAAGGAGAAUCUGAAGAUGUGGAGAAUUUUAGUAUAUGAUGUUAUAUUACAAGAAAUAAACAAUGCAACAGCCGUACUGAUUAAAGAAAUGUUUCCAAAAGACCUUUACGUUGAUCCGUUUGAAAUUUUAAAUGAAAUGAAUGAAAGUAAAGUUAAAAUUCAAGUUCCAUUGAAGUUUAUUAAUGCAGAAGCACCCAAAUAUUUUGCCCAGCCAUUUGGUAUAGAAUUAUGCAGCACUUCUGUGAGUAACUUCCACCAGAUUUUCCUACCAAUUCACAGUAGGUAUCAAGAGCCACAUUACUGCAAAAAGUUUGGAGAUAACAUCCCUAUUGAAAUGAACAUGCCACUACUCAAAUUCAUUUUUAAUGAUAAUGAGACCGACAAAUGCAGCACUAAUGCACUAGAACAUUCCUGGAAUGUAGUAGAAACUCUUCAAGUUAGCAACCAAGAUUUUACUGUUCCUGUUGGCUGUAAAGAAGACUUUUUAAUAACAAUAACCUUAACAUCUUCCACUUUGGGACUUUCAACAAUUUUUUUACUGCUAUUCAUUUAUAAAUUUAGCACAUACAAUCAACUCUGA